AUGAGUAGCGACGGUGAGACCGCUGAAUCGGGACAAUCGGUGAGAAGUGCACGUGUCCGCCAUCGCGUUAAAAAGUGCGAGCGUGUAUCAACGGAUCGGGACCCAUCUGCGGAGUUAUGCCGCGUUGGCGUCCGAGUGCCGCCAUUUUGGGUCGAAAAACCAAAGAUUUGGUUCGCUCAAAUUGAAGCACAAUUUAAUUUAGCGCGCAUAACGGACGAUAACACCAAAUUUUACUAUGUCCUGGCGUAUUUGGACGGACAAUAUUCCGCCACAGUGGAGGAUAUUAUAGAAAAUCCACCUGCUUCCGGAAAGUUCGAAAAAUUAAAGUCCGAGCUGAUAAAACGACUUUCGAUAUCGAGGCAGAAAAAAGUCAAGCAGCUUUUACAGUCGGAGGAGCUUGGUGACCGUAAGCCUUCCCAAUUUCUACGACAUCUGCAGCAGCUGGCCGGACCGAAUAUGCCCGAUGACUUUAUCACUGACGUGUGGACCAGCCGCUUACCAAGCAACCUGCAAACAAUAAUCGCUUCGCAGGCCAACAUGACGUUGCAGGAUCUGGCUGAUUUGGCAGAUAGGGUGCAUGACAUUGCACCAUCAUCACCGCAGCUGGCGGUGGCUUCAGUAUCCAGAUUGGAGUCGGCGAUGGACAUGAUGGCUCGACAAAUAACCGAGUUAACGAAACAGGUCAGUGAGCUCACCACCAGACACCAUCGCCCGCGUUCCAGAAGCCGACAGAUGCCACAUCAGAGGACUCGAUCGACUUCUAGAAGAUCAAUUUCAAACUACAAGAAGUUUCCUGUAUGCUGGUACCAUUACAAAUUCGGUAACCUCGCGAAAAAGUGCAUACCCCCCUGUGACUACAAUUCGGGAAAAGUAAGCGGCAGUCGGUAA